AUGGCUUUCCUCGACGAGACCCACCAAUCCAUGAAGCUAGAGACUUAUGAACCCUCGGCCGAUUGUGAGCUUACGGCUAUGAAUGGCAUGAAUAUGGUGGCGUUGAAGGUAAGAGACCAAGCAUUACCAAGGGUGCUUCCUUGCGGCGAAUAUGACAAUAUUACGGAAACGACUGUCACGUCUCUCAAAAUCAAUUCCGCUCGAAACAAGACAGGAAUGCCUAGUCAAGUACAAGUGAUGUCUGACAAUCAAGCGUCUAUGCUUGGACGCCAUGUCGAGGCUCACUACUUUGGCUGGGCGGAUAACAAGGUAGAAGAUGAUUACAGCGAGGAAGGGAGGCUACCAGGAGGGGCUUGA